AGCACCUGGUUCAAGCAGGGCCUCGAGGCCGCAACUGACCGACCCCCGCACAUCCAUUCGCCAUGCCCAAGAACAAGGCAAAGGCGGCUGCGAAGGCUGACGCUGCGCCCAAGGGGGAUGAGCCUGAGAUCGUGGAUGCAGAGGACGACAGCGACGAAGAGUCAGAUGAGGACAUGCCCACGCUGGAAGGCGGGGCGAAGGACGACAAGCACAAGCAGAACAGGUCGGAGAAGAAGAGCCGAAAAGCUGUGUCCAAGUUGGGCAUGAAGCCGGUCCCAGGAAUCACACGUGUGACCGUGAAGAAGAGCAAGAACAUCCUGUUCGUGAUUGCCAAUCCCGAUGUGCACAAAGCGCAGUCCUCCGACACGUACAUUGUGUUCGGCGAGGCAAAGGUGGAAGACCUGAGCGCUCAAGCCCAAGCCAAUGCCGCGCAGCAGUUCACGCAAGGCCCUGGCAUCGGGGCGAAGGAGGCUGACGCCACUGCCACGUCAGCUGUCAUUGAGGAAGUCGAGGAGGGCGAGGUGGAUGAUUCCGGCGUGGAACAGAAGGACAUUGACCUGGUGAUGAACCAGGUGUCCUGCAGCCGUGCCAAAGCCGUGGCCGCUUUGAAGAACAACAAGAACGACAUUGUGGAGGCGAUUAUGCAGCUCUCUUCUAGCUGAUGCGGAUCAGCAAAGCUAUGAGAGACGUGCGAUCAUCUCACUGUGGCUUUGCGAGGGCCCAGGUUCGCAAGACUGCCUCGAAAGAAAGCCAGGCA